AUGCACCGCGCCUUCUCCUUCCCGGUGCCGGUGGAGCGCAGUCGGACCAAGGAGCGCUUGGAGGCGAGCCUGGCCGGGCUGUGCGAGCUGGAGCUCCGCAAACAGAGGCAGGAGUGCCUGGUGCAGGGGGCGCUGGCUCUGGGAGAGCUCCGGGACUCCUCCAGGGGAGAGCUGCUGUGCUUCAGUGACUGGGGCCAGGAGAACCUGACACUCCGGCGCCAGCUGAGCGCUCUCCAGAGUUCCCCGUGGGGCCUGAUGCAGGCGCUUGAACAGCAGGUGGGCGAGCUCAGCAUCGAUACUGACGACGACUGCCAUGUUGGAGUCCAAGGAGAUAUCGGCGAUAGUCGACUGAUUUCUGGCUUCGAUGAGUCUACUGAGGGACAGUCUCCAACAACAAGGUCUGAUGACACCACAGAGACUUUGUCUUCCUGGACUUGUACCAAUGAUAUGCCAAAGUCUGUUGGAGACCCUCUUAUGCUGAAUGAAGAAAUGGAUCCACCAGUCCUGCAGGCAACUGUACCACAUUCUUUCUCAGCUCCUUAUACAUCUUUGGAGGGAAUUGCUGAAGAAAGCCCAAUAGUGGAGCCCUGGCAAUGGGACCUCAGCAGACCUAGCCAAGCCUGGCCCCAGCAGGCUUUCAAGGAUCACGUCAACGAGGUGGACUAUCAUCAGGCUUUGAGAGUGGAGAGUUACAUCCUCAGUCUCAUCCAAAAUCAUACUCGCUUACCACAACCAUCUCAGCCUUAUGCCAGCUUAAUGUCUGAUCUUUCAGACUGCACUUCCAGAGAAAACUCUGGACAACUGAGAACGCCUCCUCUUAUAAGUGAGAAAUGCCCUCCUGGCCCCCAUGCUCAGCCACAAGUUGACCUUUUAGUCAACCCUAUCAACCAAAGCUGGGGUUGUGACCAUCCGAAGGGGGAGGACUAUAGAGAAGACGCCCCAUCUUUAGAAGAGGACUGUUAUCUAGCUCUGCCCUACCCCCCAUCCAGGCCACACUCACUCGUUGGGAGGAUACCAUCACCUCUCUGUCGCCUGGAAGCCAGCUAUGGUGUUGGGGUUCUUGACCUUUCUUGUGAACACACCUCCCCCCAUCAUCAUCAACAGCUUCAUCCCUCUAUUUGUCCCCAACACAAUCUAGUCAGUGCUCAGUAUAUCCCUGGAAAAGGCUGCCAUGCCCCUGUAUGCUCCCCCAGACACUACAACCCUGAGCAGACUAAUCUGGACCAAAAUAUCAUCUCUAUUGACAAGCCCAACUCCAAAUCCAGAACCUCUAAGAAAAGCCAGAAUGAGAAAACCAAAUCCAAAAAAUCAAGCAAUAAGAACAGUCGAUCUCAUUCAGAAAACAGUCUCCUAGGCCAGCAAGGACUGCCUGAGCGGAGGUACAGUACCACUGAGAGGCACCACACCAGAAGUGACCAGGCUCACAACCAAGGUCAGGUCACUGUGUCCCAGGGGAGCAGCAGCAGCAACAGUGGGAAUCGACGCUGGUGUUCCAACCUGGAGAUUGUCCAAAAUGAGGGUGACACCCACCAAUCACACAGACUGCCUUCUCUAAGGUCCCGCCAUGGCCAAUAUUUUGCCCACUCCCGGUUGCAGAGUUACCAUCAUCGUCCUGCACAUUACUGGGAUUCAGACCUUUUAGAAAGAGCACCGCUCUGUCAGGGAGAAGAGGUUCAGUCUGGGGUUUGCCCUGCAGAAUCAGAGUCCAGUAUGAGUGAACUGUAUUCUCCAGAUUCCAGCUCUUUGUCCAGUGACUCAGAUGAGAGUGGCGGGCUGGUAUGGCCUCAGCAGCUGCCACCUCGCCUUGCUUCUACCCCAUCCUCAUCCCCUCCACAAGCCUGUGCCGGCACGUCAUCCCAGCCAAAGACCCUUGUCAAGAUCAAAGCCUCCCAUGCUCUCAAGAAGAAGAUCCUAAGAUUCCGCUCAGGGUCCCUCAAAGUAAUGACAACUGUCUGAGGCAGUGUGCCAAACUGUUUAACACCUGUAACUUUUGAGACUGUUUUUAACAGCCAUUACUGGAAGAUCACUGUGGAUAAUGUAUUAAAUCAUCAGUUAAUUCCUGUGUAUUUUUUCCUACCUCUACUUCUCUUCUC